AGAGAGAGGGACUUUCCCUAGACAGACCUGACCCCCAGCCACAGAGAACACCGUCUGCAGAGAGAGAAGACCAAACUACUGAGCUCUACCUCAGAGAUAUCCAGGAGAGACCAGAACUAAAGACUCAGGACUAGACCCAGAAUCCAGGACCCAACACCUAGGACCCAGGGCUCUUUAACUAGGCCCAGGACUCUGACCCAAACCCAACACCCAGACCCAGGACUAGACCCAGACAUCCAGGACCCAACACCUAGGACCCAGGGCUCUUUAACUAGGCCCAGGACUCUGACCCAAACCCAACACCCAGACCCAGGACUAGACCCAGACAUCCAGGACCCAACACCUAGGACCCAGGGCUCUUUAACUAGGCCCAGGACUCUGACCCAAACCCAACACCCAGACCCAGGACUAGACCCAGACAUCCAACCCCAGAACCAGGGAGAGACCAGGGUACUCUGACCCAUAAAGGAUCUAGGAGCGGGUUCUGUUACACAGGAACUCUCCAUACCCAGCCAUGCCUGCCUCUGGAGGAACAGAUCCUAAAGGGGAGGAUUUCUCCACUGCUAUCCUGAAGCAGAAACACAGACCCAAUAGACUGGUGGUGGAUGAAGCCCACAAUGAAGACAACAGCAUCGUCAGCCUCUCACAGGCGAAGACAGAGGAGCUGCAGUUGUUCCGUGGCGACACGGUUGUCCUGCGGGGGAGGAAGCGGCGUGAGACGGUGUGUAUCGUGUUGACAGACGACACCUGUCCAGACGAACGCGUCCGCAUGAACCGCGUCACACGCAACAACCUGCGGGUACGCCUCGGUGAUGUCAUCAGUGUCCAUGCAUGCCCAGAUGUGAAGUACGGCGUGCGUAUCCAUGUCCUGCCGAUAGAUGACACCAUUGAAGGGUUAACGGGAAACCUGUUCGACGUCUUCCUGAAACCCUAUUUCUUGGAAGCCUAUCGGCCUGUACACAAAGGCGACAUCUUCCUGGUGCGAGGGGGCAUGCGGGCUGUGGAGUUCAAGGUGGUGGAGACAGACCCCGCCCCCCACUGCAUCGUCGCCCCGGAUACCGUCAUCCACUGCGAGGGACAGCCAAUCAACAGAGAGGACGAGGAGGAGAGUCUGACUGACGUAGGCUAUGAUGACAUUGGAGGUUGUCGUAAACAGUUAGCUCAAAUCAAAGAAAUGGUGGAGCUUCCCCUCAGACAUCCUGGACUAUUCAAGGCUAUAGGAGUCAAGCCUCCCAGGGGUAUUCUGCUGUAUGGACCUCCAGGUACAGGGAAGACACUGGUUGCCCGGGCCGUCGCCAACGAGACUGGAGCAUUCUUCUUCCUCAUCAAUGGUCCUGAGAUCAUGAGUAAGAUGGCCGGGGAGUCAGAGAGCAACCUGAGGAAAGCCUUCGAGGAGGCAGAGAAAAACUCUCCCGCCAUUAUUUUCAUAGACGAACUGGAUUCUAUCGCUCCUAAGAGAGAGAAGACCCAUGGGGAGGUGGAGAGGCGUAUCGUAUCACAGCUCCUCACCCUGAUGGAUGGACUGAAGCAGAGAACUCACGUUAUCGUCAUGGCAGCCACCAACAGACCCAACAGCAUCGACCCUGCCCUGAGACGCUUCGGCAGGUUUGACAGAGAGAUCGACAUCGGCAUCCCAGACUCCACUGGUAGACUGGAGAUACUGCAGAUUCACACCAAGAACAUGAAGCUAUCUGACGACGUGGACCUGGAGAGGGUUUCCAUGGAUGCGCAUGGCCAUGUGGGGUCAGAUCUGGCAGCUCUGUGUUCUGAGGCGGCUCUGCAGGCCAUCAGGAAGAAGAUGACCCUGAUUGACCUGGAGGACGACACCAUUGAUGCUGAACUGCUCAACUCACUGGCAGUUACCAACGAUGACUUCAGGUGGGCGUUGGGGCAGAGUAACCCGUCAGCUCUGAGGGAGACAGUAGUGGAGGUUCCUAAUGUUAACUGGGAGGAUAUAGGAGGACUGGGAGAGGUCAGAGAACUGCAGAAUCUCUCCCAGUACCCGGUGGAGUACCCAGAUAAGUUCCUGAAGUUCGGUAUGACCCCGUCACGAGGAGUGUUAUUCUAUGGACCCCCAGGCUGUGGAAAGACCCUGCUAGCCAAGGCGAUUGCUAACGAGUGCCAGGCCAACUUCAUCUCCAUCAAGGGACCUGAACUGCUCACCAUGUGGUUCGGCGAGUCAGAGGCUAAUGUCAGGGACGUCUUCGACAAGGCCAGACAGGCGGCCCCCUGCAUACUGUUCUUUGACGAGCUGGACUCCAUUGCCAAGUCCAGAGGGGGCGGAGCCGGGGACGCAGGGGGCGCAGCCGACAGGGUCAUCAACCAGAUCCUCACGGAGAUGGACGGAAUGUCCAACAAGAAGAACGUCUUUAUUAUAGGAGCUACCAACAGACCUGAUAUAAUAGACUCUGCUAUCCUCCGUCCAGGGAGGCUGGAUCAGCUCAUCUACAUCCCUCUACCAGACACAGCCUCCCGUACCGCCAUCCUCAACGCAAACCUACGCAAGUCCCCCAUCGCCAGAGAUGUAGACCUGGCCUACCUGUCUGGUAUCACCCAGGGUUUCAGUGGGGCAGACCUGACAGAGAUCUGCCAGAGGGCCUGUAAGCUGGCCAUCAGAGAGGCCAUAGAGGCUGAGAUCAAAGCAGAGCGCCAGAGACAGACCCACCCAGGCACCGCCAUGGAUGAGGACUGUGACCCUGUUCCAGAGAUCAGGAAGGAUCACUUUGAAGAGGCCAUGAGGUUCGCCCGGCGCUCCGUCAGCGACAACGAUAUCAGGAAGUAUGAGAUGUUCGCCCAGACACUACAGCAGAGCAGAGGCUUUGGGAACUUCAGGUUCCCCUCUGGCUCUCAGUCCGGAGGUCAAGGGUCGGGGUCAGGGGGGCAGUUCAGAGACGAGGUAGAGGACGACCUCUACCAGUGAGAAGACUAUCACCUCUACCACACCUGCCUGCAUAUGAUGUGGAACUCUGGAUCAAUUAGACUGUUGUCAAAUACGGACAGAAUAACUGUUAACAGCACAUAACGUUUGUGCUUCUCAGCCUAUCGGUGUCUUAGAUGUUUCUCAUAACAACUGGUACAUCAUAGCAACUGGUACAUCAUAAUAACUGGUACAUCAUAAUAACUGGUACAUCAUAAUAACUGGUACAUCAUAAUAACUGGUACAUCAUAAUAACUGGUACAUCAUAAUAACUGAUACAUCAUAAUAACUGGUACAUCAUAAUAACUGGUACAUCAUAAUAACUGGUACAUCAUAAUAACUGAUACAUCAUAAUAACUGGUACAUCAUAAUAACUGGUACAUCAUAAUAACUGGUACAUCAUAAUAACUGAUACAUCAUAAUAACUGGUACAUCAUAAUAACUGGUACAUCAUAAUAACUGAUACAUCAUAAUAACUGAUACACCACAAUAACUGGUACAUCAUAAUAACUGAUACAUCAUAAUAACUGAUACAUCAUAAUAACUGGUACAUCAUAAUAACUGAUACACCAUAAUAACUGGUACAUCAUAACUGGUACAUCAUAAUAACUGGUGUAUUUGAGGAAAUUAGAGUCUUUGUUUUUUCUUGGAAGAAUAAUUUGUCAAAUCUGGAUGGUCAAAGUACAAUGAAUAUAACUGUGAAUGAGGAUUGUUGUUCUUAUGGUGUCUGAGGUGGUCAUCAUGGAAGGAAUGCCGAUUCACAUCUGAAAUGUAAUAAAUUGAGAGUUUUCCUUU